AUGAACUAAAGUAUUUUUGCUUACGGAUUCUUAAAUAAUGGCCUUGUUUAUUCAAAGCAGGGAAAAUUUGAAAAAGCAAUAAUUGAGUAUAAUAAAGCUAUUGAAGAAAGUCCCUAAUACGCUGCUGCUUAUUAAAAUAGAGCCAAUGCAUAUUAAGGUUUGAUGAAUUUUGAUGAGGCGCUUGGAGAUUACUGUAUGGCUAUAAGAAUCAACCCAUAAUAUAGUGCAGCCUACUUUAAUAGAGGAUUGUUAUUCGGAAAAUAGGGUAAAUUUGAAGAAGCAAUAAUGGAUUAUACCUAAUACAUUAAAAUGGUUCCUGAUAAUGCUCAAGCUUAUAAUAAUAGAGCAAAUGCAUAUUAAAAUUAAGGAAAUUUUAAUGAAGCAAUAAAAGAUUACUCCAAAUCAAUUGAAAUUAACCCUAAUUACGCUGCUGCUUAUAAUAAUAGAGAUUUUGGCAAUGCUUAUGUUAAUUUUGGUAAGUUCGAUGAAGCAAUUUCAGACUGUACUAAAGCUAUAGAAUUGCAAAUGGUAAAUUCAGAUGCGUUCUACAUUAGAGGGAAUGCGUAUAAAAAUUAAGAAAAAUAUUAAGAAGCAAUAAUAGAUUAUUCAAGAGCAGUUGAAAUAAAUCCUUAACACAGUAAUACUUGCUUAUUACAAUAGAGGUAAAUCAAAUAUGUUGAAAACAAGGACUUAUUUAUUCUGAUUAAAAAUUAUUCGAUAAAGCAAUUUUAGAUUACUAAAGAGCCUUAGAAAAUUUGGCAGCAAAUCCAUUGUUUUCUUUAUUUUUCUCUCAAACAAUUUGGCAAAGCAAAUUAGUAUUUUGAAAGUGCAUUGGAAUAUUCGUCAAAAGUAUCAGUUUAAUAAAGAUUGUAAUUCUAACUUUCAAAGGAAAAGAUGUUGUUUCUUUAAUAAAAAGUCGAUAUUUUAAGGUCCAUAUACAAAGAAUUGUAAAUUGCUUAAGAAGAAAUAUCUGAUUUGUUGAGAACAAGUAAAAUCUCAUAAACUUAGCAUCAAUAUUAUUAAUUUAAAAUAACUAAAAUUGAAAAUCAGUUUUUACAACUUGUCCCAAAUUAAUCAAAAGAAAACUAAGUUGAAGAAUUUAGGAAACUUAAAUAGUUUAUGGAAGAAAUUAUAUGUCUAAGAACAGAGAUUGUUAAUUUAGAGACCAAUUAGAUUUAAGGCAUAGAAACUUUGAUUUAAAAAAUUAAAUAAAUUAAUUCCUUCCAACAAACCAAAAAAAGUAAUAUUUAGGAAUUUAGAGAAUAAAUGAGUCCAAGUAGGAAAUUGUAUCAUCGCUCAUUAUUUUGGCAUCUGUUUAAUUAUUUCAAUGCUGUAAAAUUAAUUUCUGAAGACUUAGCUGUUAGAAAUGUUGGAAUUCAUUAUGUAAAAGUCUUGGAAAUGUUACCAAAGUCUGAAAAUCUAAAAGAUCAAGAUUAAGGAUCUGUACCUCACAUGAGCACAAUAUUCUCAUUAUUAAAUUCUGCAUUAGAUUCAGUUGAAAAUAUCAAAAAUAAAAAAUUUGAAAGUAGAAUUAAUGCAUUAAGGUAAACUUUGCAGGUUUUCACAAGAUUUCCCUCUGAAUUUGAAAGUGAAAUUGAAAGAGCUUCUUUAUUUAUGGCAAAUAAUAUCAAUUUCUGUUUCGAAAAAUUUAAAACAAACCCAUUUAAUUAAUAUGUCGAUAGGAUUUCUAUUUUAGAAUUUGAUUUUGAAUAAUAUUCAAAAAAUAACUGUUGGAAAACUGGUAUCCUACAUACAUUGAUAAUAUUAAAAUAUUUAAUAGAGAACUUCUAAGAAAUAAUACUCUAGUAUUCUUUUUACACUUUUAAAGAUAUUUUACAUAGAUCAAUAACUGAAUUCAAUUUUGAAUAUCUUGAAAAAACUAAAUUUUAAGACAAGAAGGUUCCCUGA